AUGAAAAUAUUCGGGGUUGGAGUAGUGGCUUUUCUCGUUUCUAAUUUUUUGGGAAAAAACUUACGACCUGAUUUAGAAGCCAAAUAUCAGCGAGAAAUAGCGGAAAAAAUGAUUGAAGAAAACUUAACUACGGAGGAGGAAUUAGUCAAAAAAGCAUUGGAGGAGCGAAAGCAAAUAGAUAAGUUCAUCACCGAAAAAAAGCGAUUACCUACCACAAUGCCGCUUGGUAAUGUUUCUUUAUUUCUUGGUUUCAUUACAGUGGUUAUAAUUGCUCCGAUUGUGGAAGAAUGCCUGUGCCGUUACUUAAUCUUUGAAAUUUUUGGCAAGUCUAAUAUCUUUGCUUAUAUUUUCUCAGGUUUAAUUUUUAUCUUCUUGCACUGGCAAGGCGGGAUCCUCAAUUUUACGGCUUUAGGUCUACUUUUACUCAAUUAUCUCCCGGCGACUAUUCUUUUUAUCUAUGCUUAUCACGAAAGUAAACUAAACAUUACUUAUCCUAUUUAUUUCCACAUGAUGUGA